AGGUAUAGAUUUAAUUUUAAUGUUUAGGAUAUAUCAUUACAACCUAACUAUUAUGUUUGAUGUUAAUUUAAACAAAUAAUUGUAAAUAUUUAAAUAGCUUUGUUAAGGUACAUAACUACAGCUUAUAUGCUGUUAUAAAAAAUGGUUUGGAAUGUGGUACAUUUUCUAGAAGAAAAUUCCAUUGAAGCCGUGCCAAGUCAAUGGUACAAUCAUACAUUAAAAAAAUGUGCUUGGCCAAAGGAUCGAUCCAAAAUCAAAGUGUUUAUUGAGAAACAACGGCAAGUAAACACUUAUGAAUUCAAUCUCUAUGCUGCGAGGAUUUCAAAGGGUGGUGAAAAUAUUGAAACAUUGAUUGAAGCCCGUUCCAAAGCGAAAGAUGCACAAUUCUUUUCAGAAUUAUCCGAAGAUAAUCAUAAUAUCAAAAAAAGAAAGAAAAAAAAAAAGUGCAUUUCAAAAGUCAUCUCCUCACCUGAAUCAAUGUCAUCUGCCGUUACUAAACAUUCAAGUGAAGAUGAUGACUGUCCAAUUUUAAAUACUUCAUCAGAUUUGUUUAAUUCAUCAGAUCAUUCCCAAUCAUUUAUGACCACCAAGCCUAUAUCAAGUAGCACUCAAAAAAGAACUAAAACAACUGAAGCAGUUAAAUUCAAGAACAAUCAUAUUAGAUCUAAUGUAAGCCUGCCAACUGAACUACUUGCAAAAACUAAUGAAUUAUUAGUUCCUGAGAAAAAUAAUUUAAGCUGUGGUGCAGAUAAAUUAAAGGAACAAAACGCUCAACAAAUGCAAAAUUCAAUGAAUACUGCUAAUAUCAAUAUCUCAGAAUUUGCUGAUCAGGUUCUUUCAAAAAUGGAUUAUUUUUACAAAAGAAUGUACAACUUCAUGGCUUUUAGCAAUACGGAAUUUCAAAAUUUAACUCAAGGACAAGAAGAAAUAAAAAAAUUAAUCAACACUGCCAAUAUGAUUACUACUGAGCAUUCAGAUGAUUUUGAACCAUAUGGUUAUUGUUGGCCUAUUUCUUCAUUUGAAGAGCUUGAGGAGAUUGAGAAUAAGCUUUGCGACAGAGAUUUUAAAAACAAACUUAUUUCACAGCUAAGUAGAAUUGGUGGGAAAACUGCAAAAGAAGUAAUAAAAAAAAUCAUGGCAACCAUAUUUUCAGAUGCUAUUCUAAAUCAAUACUCUUAUACUGGUUUCAAAGGAAAAAAACCAUUUAAUAGUCUUAUGGUGAACAGAGUUAUAUUUGAAACAGUCAGAAAAGACAAACGCUUCUUCAACAUAACAGAUAAUGAAAUUGAACAAUAUUUAAAGCAAUGGAUUUCUCAAGCUCCUUUCCGUGGAGAAUACGCUAAGAACAGAAAACUAAAGAAUAAAUUAACAUGUGAUGUAAAUAACACAAAUGAAUCUAUGUCUUAACUUUAUAUUUCAUCUUUACAUUCUUAACUUUCAGUUAAAUAGUAAUAAUUAUAAUAAGGGUUAUUAUUAUAAUAAAGUUAAUUAUAUUACUAGUUUUUUAAUGCAUAAUGUAUAAUAUUGAUCUUAAAUUAUAAAACCUGUCUCCUGGGGCUUUUAUUUAGUUAUUAAACAUAUUUACUACCUAUAGCCCAUGCACUGUACUGGAUUAUUACACCUAUUAUCCUUAUCUUCCAUGUAGUACGCUAUAGUAUUUAUUAGUAUUUCAAUUAAACUAAAUAUAUAUAAUUAAAUUAAGUAUUGGCAUAUUAAUA